AUGGACCUGCACAUCCUGGAGCACCGGGUGCGGGUGCUGAGCCUGGCCCGCCGCGGGCUCUGGCUCUACACCCACCCGCUGCUCAAGCUGCUCUUCCUGCCCCAGCGCUGCCGAUGCAAGUUCUUCAGCCUGACGGAGACCCCCGAGGACUACACAGUCAUGCUGGAUGAGGAGGGCUUCAAAGAGCUACCACCCUCCGAGUUCAUGCAGGUGGCAGAUUCCACGUGGCUGGUGCUCAGUGUUGUCUCCAAUGGGCGGGAACCCCCCGGCUGCCAGGCCACCGGUGUCACCAAGAUCGCGCGGUCGGUCAUCGCGCCGCUGGCCGAGCACCACGUCUCGGUGCUGAUGCUCUCCACGUACCAGACUGACUUCAUCCUGGUGCGGGAGCGGGACCUGCCCGUGGUGAUCCAUACGCUGGCUGGGGAGUUCGACAUCUACAGGGAGGAGAGUGGCGAGUGUGUCCCUGUCACCUGCGAUGACGUGAGCAACGGCUUCCUCAAGCCCAAGCCACCCGCCAGCCCCACGCUGCACCCGGUGCAGAGCCCCCAGACCCGCUUCUGUGUCCUGACGGUGGCCCCUGACACGCUUCCCGCCAUCGCCACCAUGCUCAUCGACGUCCUCUUCUAUUCCCACAGCCCCCCAUGGGAUGCAGCCACCAGCAGCCAGGACCUCGACUCUAUCACUUUCUUCUCCUUCUCCCUCAUCGAGGGCUACAUCUCCAUCGUGAUGGAUGCUGAGACCCAGAAGCGCUUCCCCAGUGACCUCCUGCUGACCAGCUCCACAGGGGAGCUGUGGCGGAUGGUGCGGAUUGGGGGGCAACCCCUCGGCUUCGACGAGUGUGGCAUCGUGGCGCAGAUCGCGGAGCCGCUGGCAGCUGCUGACAUCUCAGCCUAUUACAUCAGCACCUUCAACUUCGAUCAUGCCUUGGUCCCCGAGGAGGGCAUCGCCGAGGUCAUCCAGUUGCUGCAGCAGCGGCAGGAGAACGGCAGAUAGUGGCCAGCUGUCCCCACACAGACUGUCCCAGCGUGGUGUCCCCCCUCCUCCCCACCUGUAUUCAUUAAUUUUCAGUUUUAAUGAUCCCCCAGCAGAGGACAGAACCAGGCACAG